AUGGCAGAGAAGAAGAAAAAGCGUGCGCCGACUCUGAUGCCAGGCGAUGGCAGGAAACGAGAUUGGCCAGCCAUCCUUUCACACAUUGAACUGGAGUGGGUCACGGAGCAGAGCGACUGCGACCGAAGCGCCAACAAGGAUGGAGACACCUUGGCCUUCAAGCACAAAGGAUUCAUAGCAGAGCUUCCCGAAGGCAAGACUCGUGAUGCACAAGGGCGCACGAUUCAGGUAGGCAUGCAGAUGGAUUCAAACGUUGACCCGGAAAGCAAGGAGGACAAGCCGCUAGAGUUUAUGCUGGGCACCCCGAAGUUGAUCGUCGGAAUGGAAGCUGUGCUUCGCACGAUGUGUGAGAGCGAGAAAGUCCGGGCCAAAAUCCCGGGGCCCCUUGCUUACAAUUUUCGUUCGGGCUUCCUGCCGUACGACACAGCGGUCUUGUACGAGAUGGAGGUGACGCGAGUGACCCGAGGCAAUGGGCUACCUCCACCGGAUGCUGCGGUAACUGAGCCCACUGGCACGGGUGCAUCCAGCUGGCCGCUGCUCUUGGCCUUGCUGUUGCUCCUGGCCCUGGUGUUUGGAGGCAUCGCCUUCGUUCUGAAGGGCUCUGAAAGUACGAAAGCCCCGAAGAAGAAGGAAGCGAAAAAGGAUGGCAAGAAGAAAAGAUGA